ACGUAGCCAGACUUAAAAUCGUGCAGUCGUGUCCAAAAAAAUCUUAUAAGAACAAAAAAGAACUUUUCUGAUUUUUUCCUAAUCAUCAGAUUUUAUAAAUAAAUUGAUAAGACUCAUUAAUAUUAUAAAAAUCACUAACAAUGGCAGAUGAACAGCCAAAUCUCCUCGCAGGUCAUCCUCCAGCAGUCAAAGCUGGUGGCAUGAGAAUCACGCAGCAUAAGGCACCCAAUACAGAGCGUCCAGCAAAAGAUGCCGAAGAUUGCACUGGAUUGACUCAACCUGUGAGCGUUAAUAGUAUGUCUGUAAGUGGUGCUCCUGUAAAGGGUAAUUCCGAUUACUCACCUCAAGCAGCUCAAGUUGCUCAUUCACCAAAGCCCCCAGACAAUUUUGCUGUUAAACAAUCAAUACAAAUUCAUCAACCAAGGAAAUAGAGAGUUAAAUAUAAAGUUUAAUAACAAUAUUACAAACAACAACAACAACACUAACAGCAGAAACAACAACAUCAACAACAACAAACAAAAAAACAUGAAAUUAAACAAUUCAAAUAUUUUUAUACAUCGCACAAUAGGACCCUAAAAAAAAAACUUGUUAAAAAAUUACUUUAUUCAAUUAAUAUUAUUGUUCUAUUGUUGACAACUAAUUAUUUGCAUUCCUUUAACUGUAUUUACUUUGAACAUUGUUAUAAUUAUUAUAAUUAUAUAAUCUCAGUAAAAUGAAAUGAAAAAAAAAAUAAAAAUGAUAAGAUACAAAAUAUUACCGCA